AUGACAUCAGAUUUUCACAAGUUAGCAGCAGUCGAAUGGUUCUUCAUUCUUGCCCUCUCCUUCGCCUCCUUAUUCUCAUCAGCCAUUACUGUUUUGGCAUCAUCAGUAACUUAUGCAGAAGGAAAAACAUCUUUCAGAGAUUUGCUCGCUAGAUUAUUCAAAACAUGCAAAAGGCCAAUAGUCACUUGGUUCUUCAUAUCUCUCUUUAAUCUUGGUUAUGUUUUCCUAGUAUUCUCUAUGAUUUUUCCUUUCACUGUGAAUUUUUCUGUCCCAUUAUUUCGCCCAACAACCUUUGUUUAUGUCAUGUUGAUUCCGAUGUCAGCUUUCCAUACGUACCUCGCUGUUGUUUGGAGAAUGUCUGUUGUGAUUUCAGUGCUUGAAGAGAAAAGUGGACUUGAGGCACUUGGGAAAGCUUGGCAGAUUUUGAAGGGAUUCAAGGUACAAGGGUUUCUGCUAAAUCUUAUGUAUGACGUACCUGUGUUGAUUGGGUAUAUCUGGUGGUACAAGGAGAGCCCAAAGAAAGGAACUUACUAUACGCUGGUUACGGGACUGAUUCUGUUAAACGUUGCUUGUGUGAUCAAGAUGUUGAUUGUGGUGGCGUUCACAGUGUUAUACCAUAUGUGCAAGCAGAGCCAUGGAGAAGAGGUUGAGUUGCAAGGAAGCUUGAAAUACACUAAGGUGUCCGAUGAUGAACCAACCGUUGGAUCAGAAAUUCCAUAA